AUGGCUAGGGGUAGAAAACUUGUGAGAAACCUCAGAAUCCGUGUUGCUAAUGCUCGGGCAUCCCAACACCCACGAGACUCUUAUGCACCCUUGCCUUCAUUGAGUUCUCAACCCAAUGUAUCUGCAUCUGCUCCAGCUACUCCCCCAGAUUCUGCUCCUAUAUCUCCCACUCAAACCCAUGAGUUCAUUGGUCUCAGAAUAUCAUCACAAUCUCCAACUCCGAAGAUGAAGAAGUCGGAGAUGAACGGGAAAGAGUUGAGAGAUAGCCUGGAUCUCCAAAUGCAGGAGGAGAUUGAUUUUUUGGAGCAGAUGAAGGAAGCCGAAAGACCUGAACCCAAAGAGACAGUGUUCUUGAACUUGAUGAAAAAGCACACGGUUACAGACUGGAGGGUAGCCGAGUCCAGCAGGUCACUUAGAUACAAUGGGCAGUCAAAGAGAAAGAAACAGUAUGAUGCAAAAAAAGCUAGGGAUCGUGACACAGCAGAUGAAAAAAUUCCUAGAUCAUCUGCAGCUUUCUUUCGAGCCCAUUUUCUGCCCUCCAACUCCACAAAGCCUACACCUGCACCCAAUAUUGAUGUGGAUGACGCUGUCGAUGAUGAGAACUGCUGUUAG